AUGCUCAGUAAUUGGUUGUUGUAUAUUUUUGCAACUAUUAUUGCAAUAUUAUUUUUUAAACCUUACGUUGAUGAAGAUCUGUUAGCAUUAACAGGAUAUCAUCGCGUAGCAAUAUUUCAUCGAAUAUAUUCCUUACGAAAUAAACUUUUACCAUUUCUACAUCCUGGAUCCAUAACAAUGGAUCCAGAUUCAAAAGCAUUAGAUGAAUUAAUUUCACUAUAUCAUCCAAAACUUGAUUUAAGUGAAAAUUUAACAAAGAAUGACAUUGAAGAAUUUCGUUAUCAUUCAAAACGAAUAUUAACUGCUUUAUU